AAUUAUUUUCAAGUGCGCGCAUUUGCGGGGACUUUCGAUUUGAGAAAAAGAAAAAGAGAGAGAGAGAGAGAGAGGGUGGGGAGGGGGGAAGAAGACAGGGAAGGAAGUGCAAAGUGGAGAAGGGUAACCAAGAUCAACCGCAACGCGCGCUGGAAAACCUCACCCCCUGUCUUAAGUUAGCGUCCAUUAGGCGACGGGAGUACUUAGUUUUGGAAGUCGGGGGAUGCCUUUUAUCACUUCGCGGAGAGCCCAUCCAUCGAGUGCCCUCGCUCGCGUACCAUCGACAUGAGGGCUGCAUUUAAUUAGUGCAGUAAGAACUGCGCGGAAGAGAAAACGAUGGCCUUUAAUAGUGAUAAGUUCCACGUUAGUGCAUCUUCGACGGUGUCCUGCUUAGCGGCGAAAGUAUAUAAUAUAAGAACGCGCUUCCCAGCAAUAAAUGUCUCUCUGCUAUACUUCGCGCGCAAACUUUUUAUUACGCGGCUUCGCUCGGCGGGACACAUUCACGAGUCAUGCGAAAAAUAACGUUCGUUUAAGAUAAUAAAAAAUAUCGAUUCGUCUUUAUUAUUUUUUUUUGGCGGCCACUUCGAAAGCCAAUAAUUACCAUUACGAUAAUUUGCGAUAGUUAAUUUACUCUCUCUUUCUCUCUCUUUAUCGGAAAUCAGUGGAAAAUUUGAUCACCUCAUUAAGCUAACAAUAAGCUAAGAAGUUUGUGCGAGCAAAAACGACCGCUCGCGAGUCAGAUAAUUUUUUAACUCGAGUAUUAUGUGGAAAUGAAAGUUUCAGAACACCAGCCACAGUUUUAUUUUCAAAGGAAAUAAAAAUGCAGAGCGCGAAGGAAAAAUGAAUACGUGAAUACGUGAAGAUGCGAAAUUAAAUUAGAGUCGAAUUCGAAACGUGAUCCGUUUUUCCGAAUUUCGGAAACUCUGUUUCGACUGUAUAAUUACUUGCAAACGGCCCGUCUCGUGCUUCGUAUAAUUUUACAAACAAGAUAUCAACAAAAUCCCGUAUCGUUUUAGGCAGAAGUCGAAGACUGUUAACGUUGCAUUAGCGUGUUGAAAACAUUUUAACGCGUCAUCGCGCACGUCACUAUCAACACCGGAACUUCGUGAAUUUUAAUUCAGACUAAUAGCAAAUUACCAUUAGGAAAACGCAUUGUUGGAAUUUUAAUUUCUCAAAACAGUAAUUUCCACAGUAACGGCCAAGCCGGACGCCUCAUUUUUGCAUAACUUUUUUAACAUUUUUAUAACUUAUCGGACCGGAGUUCUCUCGCUGUGGGUCGCUCGCGCGUUUACAUUACACACAAGCGCACUCAUACAAUAUCCGGCCGCUCUAUCGCAUAAUGCGACCUUUGAUUAGCGCGAAUAAAUACGAUAAGCCCUGGUAUCCGCGCGCGUACACGCGAAACCGGGCUACUGAAAAUCACGCAAUCGAGAAAAUCGCGAUGCGCGUCGGCACUAUUUAAUGGAGAUUGACGGAGCGUGACGGGAAGGCGGGGGAGGAGCGAAUUUUGAGAGCGCAAUGCAAUCGCGAUCUCGCGCGCGAGCACGCGCGAGCCGGUAAUUAUGCAAUUUACGAUCGGCACUCAAGCGCAUGCGUUACAAGUAUUUAAUAACAUAUUUCGAGUCGGAUGACAUUUAAUAGUCACCGAACUAUACGCUACGCCUCCUUCUCUCUAUAUAUAAAUCGCCAACUCCCAAUUGUCCGCGCUAUUAAUUAAAAAAACGUAUCAGCGUCGCGCGUUAUGUACGGCAUUCGAAAUUAAAAUCGAACUUGCUUUCAUAGUCGUAACAUUUCGCAAUGACAGCUAUGGAUUUCUGCGCGAAUAUCUCCCCUCCCCCCACAAAAAAAACGAAACAAAGGACUUUACAUACGCGGCAGAUGAUAUCGAUCGUGGAUGAGCUUUAUUCGCAAUAACAUAUGUUGUUCAAUAGCGUCAAUAGUGCGCUAAAUAUAAAUAGGAGCGCGUCACGGUAUUCAAUUUCUCGUAACGAGCUUUUAAAAUCAUGCAAUGGGGCUCUGAAAGAGUCUGAAUCGGCGCUCGCGGAUGGGUGUUAUCGUUGCAUCAAGGCCUUCGCUUCCUGAAAUUAAUAUCCCCCCCGAUUAGAUACCCCACCGUGUCGCGUCGUUCGAUUGUAUCCCUGAAAUUGCAUUGAUAUCAUUGAAUGCAAAAACUUCAUCGCGACGGAAAUGCGUUCUAGGAGCGGGGCGGGGGGAGGGUAUCUGUGAGCAAUUUUCACACUACACGAACAAAUGCGAUGCUGAGUGAAAUAUCGUAUCGCGAACGCGCUAUCGUAUUUAAUUACACGGUACGUAACCGUCUAUAAAGAUAAUAUUAACGAUUUGUGCCACGUAAAUAAAUGUCAAAGAAAUCUGCUGCACUAGAUAUUUGCGUAUUAAGCGAUUAGUUUUAUGUUUUUAAAAGCACCAGUCAUUUCAGUGACGCUGUUAUACCUACGGUACGCGUUUCUCAAGUUUCGUUCUCCGCCUCUCUAAAUGGAAUUAUAAUGUACAUUCUUUUUGUAUCGGAAAAUCUCGUCGCUAUAAUGACACGACUUUAUAUCGCGUCGCAAGGCGUUUCGCCGCUCCGUCGAAGAAAGGCGUAACGUAAUCACGUUUGAAGAGUACAAAAUCUUGUUGCAAGGAUUAUGAAACGCAGAAAAGAGAUCGAGAGAUGGGACCAUGGUGGAGGAAUUCGUCAACGCGCGUUUCGGACGACAGGAACGACGGCUGACCCGUGAUGCAACGCCGAACGGUGGACCGAAGAGCGCCAGGCGAUACUCCCCGCGUGAACGCUCAAACGAAGAUUCAGUCCCGGCCACCGUCAACGUCUAAUUGAGUGCGCGUAGCUGGGCGAUAGGUGCGCCCUUAACACCGCACGUGAUCCGGCGAGGAGAGGUCGGGGCGAUAACGCGGAUUUUCUGCUGCUGGGAGGAUUUUAUUAGCGACGUGAUGCGAAAGCUUUUCCCGCCCACGUAAUCGACCGUAAAGCAUACGAAAUCGUAAAAGAGAUUAUUAUUAUCAGAAACUCCCGUGGUGCAUCUCGCAGAGGAAAAGAGAAUAGCGAAUAACGGGGCCUUAAAUGAGGGAAUGAAGAUUGCGUGCUCGAGGCGAAAGUUCAGCGCGCAAUUUUAAGGCGAGAUAAGAAAGACAGACCGUGAGACGCAAAAUUGCAAUGGGGACGGCGUGCGGAGGCGGUGGUUGAAUACGGUGUGGUGGAAUGCGAGGGUGAAAACGGCGAUGAUCCUACGCUCGUCUGUAAGCUCAACGUAAGUCAACGGUGAGAGACCGCGAUAUUUAUGAUGCAGAAUCUCGACGACUUGACGACGUACAACUCCACGUCUCAAUUCUGGAACGUGACAACGACGCUGUGGUACGACAAUGACACCUAUUACUACGACAGCAACUACACGGCUCUGAUGCCGCGGAAUAAAUUCGUGCUUCCGUGGUGGCGGCAGAUGAUCUGGACGCUCCUGUUCGCCGGCAUGAUCAUCGUGGCGACCGGCGGCAAUCUGAUAGUUAUAUGGAUUGUGCUGGCGCACAGGCGAAUGCGCACCGUCACCAACUACUUCCUGGUGAACCUCAGCAUCGCGGACGCCAUGGUGUCGACCCUGAACGUCAUCUUCAACUACACCUACAUGCUCAACAGUCACUGGCCGUUCGGCACGUUCUACUGCAAGAUCUCCGAGUUCAUCGCGGUACUCACGAUAUGCGCCAGCGUCUUCACUUUAAUGGCGAUAUCCAUCGACCGGUACAUGGCCAUUGUCAAUCCGCUGAAACCACGGAUGGGGAAAAAGGCGACGCUAUGCGUUGCAAUCGUCAUUUGGAUCAUCGGGACAAUUCUAUCUUUACCGAUGCUACUUUUCCACACCACUUACACGCAGUACUUUAUGAAUGGCGAGGUCCGCGUCAUCUGCUACAGUGAUUGGCCGGACAUGGACAACGAUGGGCUUAGCUACUAUGAAUAUUUGUACAAUGUUAUCUUCAUGAUAAUGACGUACUUUUUACCAAUCGGAUCCAUGACGUUCACCUACGCCAGGGUCGGCCUGGAAUUGUGGGGCUCGCAGAGCAUCGGAGAGGCCACGGCUCGACAGCUCGAAAACAUUCGGAGCAAACGGAGGGUCGUAAAAAUGAUGAUAGUCGUAGUAGUAAUAUUCGCGGUGUGCUGGCUUCCGUUUCAUAUGUACUUCAUAGUGACGUAUUAUCUGCCAGAGAUUACAACUAAACCGUACAUCCAGGAGGUCUAUCUGGGCAUAUAUUGGCUAGCGAUGUCCAACAGCAUGUACAACCCCAUAAUUUAUUGUUGGAUGAAUACCAAAUUCCGCCGUGGCUUCGCCCAGUUCUUCUUCUGGUGUCCGUGGGUGCGGGUGACGGCGGAGCCGUCUCUGUCGCGUUCGGAGGCCGUGACGUCCAGGUACAGCUGCACCGGUAGCCCGGACAUGCACAACAGAAUAUCGCGGAAUGGUACGUGCACGUGCUUAACGGAGCACAUUUGCACCAGCACCGGCUCCACAACGCCUAGGAGCGAGUCAGAGUCUUAUCCCGAGGACACUGACCCAGCCCUGCAGAGGGACGCGCGAGCAUCGUCGAUAGAUUUGCGCCACUUGGUCCCCGACGUCCUCGUCGACGUCGAUCGCACCAACGGUGUUGUCGCGACCACCUCGCACUGAUCACACCGCGAAGUUACGAGCACAGCUUGUCUCUUCUUUUCCCCGAGCACACCCCGAGUACACGCUCGAUUUGGCGGAACGAAAAGACAUCGGCUCGUGUUCCUUUUACGUUCGCGACGCGCGUUUAAACUAUUCAUAUACGUCCAACACGGGGCGUAAAGUACAGACGUAAAACCGUCAUUCGAUAUAAAAAAUUGUUUGUGCAUAUAAAUAAUGAAGAUUCGAUGCGAGGUGAGAAUCGAAUAUAUUUAGCGCUAAAUGUGUAGUGCCAGAUACGAGCAGUUCCCUUUGCAUCCCGCGGUUCGUAUUGAUCACAAUACAGUAAAGUAACCCAGGCGGGAAGUAAUAAACACGAAACGAACGUGGAAGUAAACUAUGAUUGCAUGUUUGUUGUUCGUUAACUCACGAAAAAUAUUUCUCUGCAAGAUCAAGAAUUAAGCCUUUGAUUAGGCAGUCAAGGAUAAAUUCUCUUAAUAAAUGCAAAACCUUAGAAUUUUUCCAUAUUUAAGUAAUUUACUGCCCAAAAGAUUAAUUCUUGAUAAUAAAAUAUGUGUUAAGAGAAAAAUAUCUAGUUUAAUUUUAGCGCAUUGUUUUCUAUAGCUUUUUAAUUGAGUAGAUGUUUUGUUGUUCCCCAAUAUUGUUAUAUAAAUAACUAAUAUCAUCUUUUCUCUCCAUUUAUAUCUUGAAAGCUCAUCUAGUUUAUUUUUCACAUAAAGCAUUUCCAUCCCAUUGAAUUUCAAUUAAAUAACACACAUACAUCUGUCACUUUAGUUAUGUUAUAAGUUAAGUUUUUUAACACAUGUUGAUUUUAGAAUGAUUGCACGCAAUAAAAAGUAAUACUGUUCCUUUUGA